CACAGCCCAGCAGAUGACGUGUCCGGAUUAAGAAGUGGAAUGCAGUAGGUUUGCCAUAAACCGUUCAGCGUGAUAACAGGUUUCAUUUCUUAAUAGUGACUUUUAAGAAGGAAAACAAACACAUACAUAGUGUUAGUCUAAAUUUAACACUGCUUGAUUGAAAAAAAGCAAAAAACAAAACAUGCUUGUUUUUUUCGAUGCCCGUUGCACCGUGAGGGUUUUUCUUCUGCUAACGAGCACCCUCUGUUCAGCUUCAACUUUCUAUCUUCCGGGUUUAGCUCCUGUCAGUUUCUGCGAGAAAAAUCAAGCUGGGAAAGACCAAGAAGUACCGGAUUGCCGGUCUGAAGUUGAGCUGUUUGUAAACAGACUGGAUUCAGUAGAGUCUGUACUGCCCUAUGAGUACACAAUGUUUGAUUUCUGCGCUGAAAAGUCAGAGAAGCGUCCAUCUGAAAAUCUUGGGCAGGUUUUGUUUGGGGAGAGAAUUGAACCAUCGCCAUAUAAGUUUGAAUUUAAAAAGGAAGAACAAUGUAAACAUGUUUGCACCAAAGCAUAUGACACAAAAAAAACGGAAGAUAGGCAAAAAUUAGAAUUUUUAAAGAAGGGCAUGCUUCUUAAUUAUCAGCAUCACUGGAUUGUCGAUAAUAUGCCAGUGACCUGGUGCUAUGAUGUAGAAGAUGGACAGAAGUUCUGCAAUCCUGGUUUUCCUAUUGGUUGUUACGUCACUGAGGAUGGUCGUCCGAAAGAUGCUUGUGUUGUCAAUUCUGAAUUUAAUGACAAAGAUACAUUUUACAUCUUCAACCAUGUCGAUAUCACCAUUUUUUACCACGUGGUAGAACACGAAGCAGCAGGUUCAAGAUUGGUAGCAGCUAAAAUGGAACCUAAAAGCUUUAAGCACACUCAUAUAGACAACCCCGAUUGUUCGGGUGUUCCUAUGGACUUAAGCAAUAAAUUUGCAGUAGGAGAACUCAAAAUUGCAUAUACCUAUUCUGUGUAUUUUAAAGAAGAUAAAAAUAUUCGUUGGGCAUCAAGGUGGGAUUACAUUUUGGAGUCCAUGCCUCACACCAACAUUCAGUGGUUCAGCAUCAUGAAUUCCUUGGUGAUCGUUCUGUUCCUUUCUGGUAUGGUGGCCAUGAUCAUGCUUAGGACUCUUCACAAGGAUAUUGCAAGAUACAACCAAAUGGACUCUAUAGAGGAUGCUCAAGAGGAAUUUGGUUGGAAGCUUGUUCACGGGGAUGUGUUCAGACCACCGAGGAAGGGAAUGCUGCUGUCUGUUUUCCUUGGGUCCGGCACACAGAUCUUCAUUAUGACAUUUGUCACUCUGUUUUUUGCAUGCCUGGGAUUCUUAUCCCCUGCUAACAGAGGAGCCCUGAUGACAUGCGCCAUGGUUCUGUGGGUUCUGCUGGGAACUCCAGCAGGUUAUGUUGCUGCCAGAUUCUACAAGUCCUUUGGUGGUGAAAAAUGGAAAACAAAUGUUCUUCUAACAGCCUUCUUAUGCCCUGGAAUAGUUUUUGCUGAUUUCUUUGUUAUGAACCUCAUUUUAUGGGGAGAGGGGUCUUCUGCUGCAAUUCCGUUUGGCACUUUGGUUGCUGUUUUGGCGCUCUGGUUUUGCAUAUCCGUACCACUGACCUUCCUUGGUGCUUACUUUGGCUUUAAGAAGAAUGCCAUUGAGCAUCCUGUUCGCACUAACCAGAUACCUCGCCAAAUUCCAGAGCAGUCCUUCUACACUAAAGCGCUACCUGGAAUCAUCAUGGGAGGAAUUCUUCCUUUUGGAUGCAUCUUCAUCCAGCUUUUCUUCAUUCUCAACAGCAUUUGGUCCCAUCAGAUGUAUUACAUGUUUGGAUUUUUAUUCCUGGUCUUCAUCAUUCUUGUAAUCACAUGCUCUGAGGCCACAGUUCUGCUAUGUUACUUCCAUCUUUGUGCAGAGGACUAUCACUGGCAGUGGCGUUCGUUCCUCACAAGUGGAUUUACUGCUGUGUAUUUCCUAAUAUACGCAAUACAUUACUUCUUUUCUAAACUCCAAAUUACAGGAUUAGCCAGUACAAUACUAUAUCUUGGAUAUACAUUGAUAAUGACUUUGAUCUUCUUCCUUUUUACAGGAACUAUUGGAUUUGUUGCUUGCUUCUGGUUUGUGACCAAAAUAUACAGUGUGGUGAAAGUGGACUAGAUGGCCACAAGAGACUGACUUUCUGCAGCUUGGGAUACUGUUUGCUGAAGAACACAAAGUACACUACAAAAAGUAUGAGGUUUGAAUUUUAAAACAAACAGAUGAUACGAAAUAACCUUUGGAAAUCUCUAAAAUGAGAAUAUAAAUUUGGUUUGUGAAUUAGUUUUACUUUAGAAAUGUAGUAAACUCAGAUCAGCUUAAUGUUUCUUAAAUUACUAACUGAGAUGCAAUCAACAAGAAGAUACAUUUGUAAAUAUUAGUAUUUACCUUUUGCCAUUAUGGAAUUUAUUUACAGUACUUCUCCUGUGUUGCUGUUCCAGUGCUUAGCUAACAUCUAUCAGUGAAACUUAUGUAAGGUAAACAUUGUAAAUAACAUUUUCUAGCAUUAAAGAAAGGGGUACGAUGUGUGUGAAGGAAACCUCAGAUCUCAGGUUAGGCAGGUCUAAAACAUAUACAACUUUCAAUUACAUCUGUUUUUUUUUGUUCUUGUAUAGGUAAUGGCGUUGUCUAAAGUGUUAAGCAUUUCAUCUUUUUGUGUUUUUGGUUCCAAUGAUGUUUCUUUGCCUUUCCAUUCUUUGUGCUUCUGGGUACAGUAUGUUGUUUUUGUAAAUUUACUAUAAUAAACAUUGUACAAAAGGUUAAAACUUUUAA